ACAUUAAACCCACACUUCUCUCUCUAAAAUCUGAGAUGUACGAUUACAAAGUGAAACAAUAAUUGUCAUUUAUUUUGUUAUUCAUCGGAAAAAUGAGAGCAGAAGUGAGGGGGAAAACGAGUUCAGUUUCAGUGCAUAAUAAUUCAACGAUUUUGAAUAGGGCUGAUAAUAGUUCAGUUUAUGGUGCGUUAAAGGGGUGCCUUGGGAGCUUAGACGGUGGUUGUAUUGAGAAGCUUUUGGUUCAUUGUGGCAGUGCUCUUGAGAGCCAUGAUGUGACUUUGGCUCAGCAAGUUAUGUGGGUUCUUAAUAACGUUGCUUCACUGGUUGGGGACCCUAACCAACGCCUCACUUCUUGGUUUUUGAGGGCUUUAGUUUCUAGGGCCUCUAGGGUUUGUCCUUCUCCGUCUCCAACUUCGAUGAGUUUUAAUGGAAGUAGUAUUCGUGUUGAGACAAGGUUGAUGUCCGUUACUGACCUUGCCAGAUACGUAGACGUGAUUCCAUGGCAUCGAUUUGGGUUUUGUGCAGCAAACAUUGCUAUAUACAAAGCAAUUGAAAGGUACCAAAAAGUUCAUAUAUUAGACUUCAGCAUUUCUCAUUGUAUGCAAUGGCCAACUCUCAUUGAUGCCUUAUCCAAAAGACCACAAGGCCCUCCUUCCCUUCGUAUCACUGUCCCUUCUUUUAGGCCACAAGUUCCCCCUUUACUCAAUAUACCCACUCAACAAAUUGGCCUUUGUUUAACCAAAUUUGCCAAUUCCAAAAACAUCCCAUUUCAAUUCAAUCUCUUUCCUUAUAACCACAAUAAUAAUAAUAUUAUUAUUUCAUUAUUCGAUCCUUCAAUUUUAAAUCUCCAACAUGACGAGGCCUUGGUCAUAAAUUGCCAACACUGGCUACGAUACGUCUCCGACGACGAAAAAGACGACUUCAUUAACGCCACGAAACGUCUCAACCCACGAAUCACGGUCGUGGUCGACGAAGAUUUCGACUUGACAGACUCGAGUCUCGCCUCGAGAAUUACAACAAGUUUUAAUUAUUUUUGGAUACCGUUCGACGCGCUCGAAACUUUCUUGUCGAAAGAUAGCACGCAAAGGCUCGAGUACGAGGCAGACGUCGGGCAACGGAUUGAGAAUAUUAUUGGGUUUGAAGGGAAGCAAAGGGUGGAGAGAUUGGAAAGUUGUGUGAAGGUUUCUGAGAGAAUGAGGAAUGGUGGGUACUUAAACCAACCGUUUUGUGAUGAAGCAGCAGAUGAGGUGAAAGCCUUGCUGGCUGAGCAGGCUAGUGGAUGGGGGAUGAAGAGAGAAGAAGAUGCAUUGGUGCUGACGUGGAAGGGCCAUAAUGCAGUGUUUGUUACAGCUUGGGUUAGCAGUGAUGAUGAAAUUGUUGUGGCUUGAAUUUACUUUUAUGUUGACAAUUGGAUUUUGGUUCUAGUGGUCGUCCAUUAAUCUUUAGAGGCAAUUUUUAGGAGCACAUAGUGUGUUUUCUGUCUUAAAACAGCUACUACAACUUUUUACAGGUUCCUAGUUUGGAUAUCCAUUCAAACAAAUGCGAACAAGUUCAAUAGUUUAAUAUCGUCGUUAAUCA